AUGUCUGCCGUGGGAUCUCUCGUCUUCUGCACAGAAUGUGGCAAUCUACUUGAUAUCUCUACUGGAAACACCAAGAAUAUAUUGAUUUGCGACUGCUGCGGAGCAGAAAACAAAGAUAAUGCCUCCAAGACAAUCGUAACAAAGUCGAAUCCCUCCUCAUUCCCUUCGGCGCUACGGGCGAAACGGUCCAUUUUCCAAAAGGUCGAACGAGACGAUCUGGAAAACACCCAAAAAGCCCAAGAAACCUGUACGGCAUGCGGCAGAACUGAGGUUACGUUCGUAUCAGUACAAUUGCGGAGUGCAGAUGAAGGCAGCACGAUUUUCUAUACGUGUGACUGUGGGAAUAAGUGGAAUACGAAUAACUGA